AUGACUCCCACGACACGGUCCUGGUCUCCAUCGUCACUCCUUGCACAGGGAGCCUUCGACUGUCGAAGGGCACGCUUCUCCGACCUCUCCGCAGCGGCACGUGUUUGCUCUCUUGCUUUUGACGACGAUGUACUCUUUGGCCGCCUGAUCCAUCCGCAUAGGAAGUCAUAUCCUGGCGAUGUCGAGAAAUAUUGGUAUCGCCGGUUCAUCGUCGACUGGUGGGACCCCAGCCAUAUAUUCCUCGUGACAACAGUACGUUCUAAAAACGGGCUGGCAGAAAUUGUGACUGGGGUUGCACACUGGAGCCGCAUGGCUCCAAGUUGGAAGGAGAAUUAUGAGGCUGGCUGGGGGUAUGCCUGGUGGGAUCCGAGACGCUUGCUUCGACCCAUGACACAGUUGAUUGUGGGACUUCUUGGAUGGCUUUCACCCAAUCGUGCGGCGUCGGCAGAAGACGAGACCAUCAUCGAACGGUCUUAUAAUUACCUCGACCAUAUCUGGACUGGCCAACGCUCCGAGUCGUGGUACCUGGAAUGCUUAGCCGUCCACCCUGGAUAUCAGAACCAGGGCCAGGGCCGCGCCCUCGUCAUGAUGGGUCUAUGGCAAGCACAACGGGAGGGUGUCGCGUGCAGCGUGAUCGCCGCCGAUGGGAAGGAGAGAUUCUACCAAGCCUGUGGCUUUGAUGUUGGACCUGUCGGCAGGUCUGGUGAAGGGGAAGGCAACCCCCUGAAAGAAGUCCCUGGUGGCCUGGUGUUCUUCAAGGACAAGGAAGGCGUGGUACUUCCCCAUCGGGAGCCUGGGUCAUGGACGUAUGGACACGGCGUGUUCGACUGGGAUGAAUGGAGGAUGAGAGUCGAACCCAAGCAGAAGAGUGCGGAUGAUUAG